AUGGCUGGACCUGGAGGUGGGCCACCACGCAAGAGUCAUACGAAGUCUCGGAAGGGCUGCAAGACUUGCAAGAGACGACAUAUUCGAUGCGAUGAAACCACUCCUCAAUGUCGGAAUUGUACAAAACAUAAUUGUCGCUGUGAUUACAUGGAUAAUGUGAUCCCCCAAGAGCAAGCAGUGGCACCGAGGACGGGACCGCAUCUACUCAUGUCUCCCCAGAUUGAUAUCGAAAUUGAUGCGUGGUUGAAGACUGGCAACCCUCCAUUCCCUGAACUACAGCUGAGUUCAAGAGAAUAUUGGUUUAAGUUUUCGCGUACUGAUUUGCGUCUUAUUCACCACAUCGCUGGGCUUUCAAUUGAUCUACAUCGACGAGGCUACAGUGAUUGUACAGUCUGGGCUCAGAAAAUGCCCAUAUUUUUGGCUAUUGCGUUGUCAAAUGAGUUUGUCAUGAGUGCGAUUCUGGCGCUCUCAGCUUCUCAUCUGGCCUGGAUGACCCAGAACCCCGAAACCGAAAACCUUGCUUAUCACCAUAGGGGGGUGGCUUUGGGAGGUCUCCAGGAAGCAAUCGGUGCCUUUUCUCGAGAAAACUCAGAUGCCAUAUUAGCAGCAUCGAUGCUUCUAUCUUGGCAAGCUACCGAAUGGCAAGUACAGACUUCGAUUGACUGGCUUCGAACAUGGGCUAACCAUCAUGUUCUUAACUCGAUGCAACCGUGGUGGAAGGAGGAGUCAGAAUUGGCAAGAUUUAUGGAUUCCCAGAGAGCCUUUCGAAGUGCGAGAACGCCCCUAACAUCCAGUUAUCCUGGAUCGAUUGGCCAAUUCCAAGACGAAGAUCUUAUGAGGUUAGAUCGUGUCCUAAGUAGUCUGUUGAACAUCCAGCAGCGACUUUCCCACAAUCAAGAACACCAUCAAAGAGUUACCGAUUUAUUGCACUUUGUUCAGCAAUUGCGAAAUGAUAUGCCUGUGCAGUCACCGGAUCGAGCUUUCGAAAGGCUUCAACCGCUACGAACCUGGCUCUUCUGGCUUCCCCCAGCAAUGCUAAGAGGUGGGGAAACCGAUCUCGGUGCACUCUCUGUGCUCUCACAAUUUUUUGGGGUAGCAUUGGCUCUAGAACCUAUUUUCCCUGAAAUUGGAGGUUCCUACCUCGGUACUAUGGCUUUCCUUCCAAUAGAAGAUAUACGAAGAAUUCUGCAAACGAGGAAAGCCUCUCAACCUUUUGCCCCCGAAAUUCAGCUGGCUCUAAGCUUAAUGGAACUGCCCUGCGAUAUUGUUGCGGAAUAUAGGAGCCGGCUUCAUUUUUCACCGAGAAACUCAUUCGACGCCUACUCCCCCGGGCCACACAGUCCAUAUCCUGGGCCACCGAAUCUUCAUCUGUCAUCCACGUCUCCAUCGACAAGCUCUGGCUAUUCAGCUUACACUACAUCUCCACUCCACUCUCCACUCACUCCCGCGAUCGUUGCUUCUCCCUACCAAAUGCCAGCAAUCAUUACCUCCCGUCGACAAUCUCAAGUUUACACCACGUCGCCAACCCUCCAUCCUGACCACACAGAUGAUCGUGUUGGAGGCGACUAUAAGCACAAUCCACAAUCUCAAUCGCCAAUUUUCAAUCCUGCGUACUUAGGAAACCUAAUAAAUGGCUCACCGGUCAUGGGGCCAGACUUUAAUGAGUCUCCUACUCUUAGCGUGUCAGGAGGGUUGGUCAUUCCCGAACUCUGCUGGACUUGA